AGACCCCCGCCCAUCGAGCUGAAGGAUCUGACCUGCGUUCGAGCGCUUGGAUCUGGAGGCUGGGGCGCCGCGCUGCUUACGCGCCUGGACAGGGAGCCGGCGCAUCCCCUAGAUAUGCCCGGAACGAUGUUCGCGACCAAGUACGUCACCAAGGCGAUGAUGUGGCAGCAAGAGCUGGUGAGCAUUUCGUAUUGCAGGCUGGAAUCCACCAAACACAUCGAAAGGUCCACUAUGUGCGACCUUCCCUGGAACCCGUUCGUGUGCGGGCUCAUCGCCGCGGAGGAAGACGAGAAGAACCUGUACCUAACGCUUGAGCUCAUCCGAGGAGGAACUCUCCGCGAUCGUCUAUAUGAUGAUGCUCCGUUCGACACCGAGACCGCGAGGUUCUACAUCGCCAACCUCGUUCUCGCGUUCAACCACAUCCACGAACACGGGUACGUGCACCGGGACGUGAAGCCCGACAAUAUCCUUGUCGGCGAGGACGGGUAUUUGUGCCUGAUCGAUCUCGGCUUCGCCAAGAGGGAAACGGACGAUGAUGGAUGGGAUGGAAUGGGGACUCCGCAGUAUAAACCCCCGGAGGCCUUCAACCCACGGGGGAAGCAUAACCGUGCUCUUGAUUGGUGGGCGGCAGGAUGCACAUUAUAUGAACUCCUGGCUCUCGAAUACGCCUAUGGGGGCAAGGACGAAGACGAGAUUGGAGCGCGGGUCUGCAACAGCGACUACAAGUUUCCCCGCGAUCUGAAAGUUGACCCGGACGCCCGGGAUCUGAUUGCGCGUCUUCUCGAGAAAGACCCUAGCAAGAGGCUAGGGACAAAUGGAGCGGAAGAAGUAAUGCGCCAUCCUUUCUUCAAGGACGUCGACUGGGUCAAGAUGCGGAGGCGUCAACUCCCCGUAAGUGGCGGUUAU